AAGUGACGCGCUUCUGUCAGAAACAGAGCUUAACUGAAGUGAAACAGGGAGAGAGAGAACCAGGCUCAUUCAAUUUCUGCUUGUCUGCCAUCCGGUUAACUACUGUACUGUCCUGUCUGAGGUUCUGUGAUCUGCUUUUUCUUUCAGGUUGAUCAGUGGGACUACGAAAAAGACAUCCAACCAGAUCUUGGAAGCUUCUCAUCUUGGACAUUUGAAACUUGGGAUUGUCAGCUGCUGACCAAAAUCUCAACUUUAGCUUUGCACUCGCACAACUCUACAACUUCGGCCUGUGGUUUGGAAGAUGCUAAUAGCUUAUGCAAAUUGGAUACAAAUCUAACUGAGGACUCGCAUAUCCAGCUCUUAUUAUUUUUUGAUUUUGUAUUCUUUUAAACUUUGUGGAAGAGUUUGAAUCCAAAGUAUAACCUGGUGUAUGAGCAAACGGCUGUGACUGUGAAGUGGUCUCAGGUGAGGGGGGCGAGACAACAAUCAGGUGUUUUUUGGAAGGGUGAGUCGGGCUCAAACAGAGCCACGGUGGAGGACGACCCACUGGAUUUCGCUGAUAUGGACGGGCACGGGUAUGACCGCUAUGUGGAUGGGGAUAGGGACAGCUACCAGAUUGAUUACCGGCGUAUUGUGGGGGACAUGGAGCCGGUCAGGCCACCGAUGUCAUUACGAGACUCAGAUCUUCACUUUUAUGGCCCGUUUACCCAUAAUACACAUGGGCACGAGACAGCUGCCCAGCGCUACAGUGCCACCCGGAUACAGGCAGGAUAUGAACCAGAAAGCAUGGCUGAUUACCUUAUCAGUGGGGGAACUGGAUACGUUCCAGAGGAUGGGCUCACUGCCCAGCAGCUCUUUGCCAUCGGUGAUGGUCUCACAUACAAUGAUUUCCUGAUACUGCCUGGCUUCAUUGACUUAACAUCCGAUGAAGUGGAUUUGACAUCUGCCCUGACCCGGAAGAUAACCCUGAAGACGCCACUCAUUUCAUCUCCGAUGGACACAGUCACAGAGUCCUCCAUGGCCAUCGCUAUGGCUCUCAUGGGUGGAAUUGGAAUUAUUCAUCACAACUGCACACCUGAGUUCCAGGCCAAUGAGGUCCGGAAAGUCAAGGUCAUUUCUGAAAUAUCUCAAAUCCUCCAGGCAAUGACAAAACGAGAAGAUUUAGUGGUUGCUCCAGCAGGUGUAACAUUAAAAGAGGCGAAUGACAUCUUACAGCGCAGUAAAAAAGGUAAACUGCCUAUAGUGAAUGACAGCGAUGAGCUUGUAGCUAUAAUAGCUCGUACCGAUUUGAAGAAGAACAGAGACUAUCCUCUAGCCUCCAAAGACUCUCGUAAACAGCUGCUGUGUGGCGCUGCCAUCGGCACCCGGGAGGACGACAAGUACCGGCUAGACCUGCUCAUGCAGGCCGGAGUGGACGUGAUAGUUCUGGUGGGUCCUAAGAGGAAUAGGGUGACAUUUAAAUAUAUAUAUGAUCUGUUAUAUUUAACUUUUUUGUAUUGUAUGCAGGACAUAAUGGGUUGUGUGUAUAUGUUUGUGUUUUCCAGUGAAGGUGAUAAAGCGAAGGUGGCUCAGGGAGUCUCUGGCUCAGUUCAGGACAAAGGCUCAAUACACAAAUUUGUUCCAUACCUCAUCGCUGGAAUUCAACAUGGCUGUCAGGAUAUCGGUGCAAAGAGCUUGUCCAUUCUGCGAUCGAUGAUGUACUCUGGAGAGCUGAAGUUUGAGAAGAGGACCAUGUCUGCUCAGGUUGAGGGUGGAGUUCAUGGACUGCAUUCAUAUUCUUUUGUGCCAUUUACGAGAAGCGGUUAUAUUGAACAGGGCAGCAGGGGGCACACAAGAGCUGGACCCAAUGUCCCGUCACCAGCCGUAACUAAACACAGCAGCUAAAAGUGAUUUCUGCUAUCCUCAACCCCUUGAUCCUUUUUCAUGGGGUGUAUUUCAGAAAGCAAGGUUAACUUACCGUCACAUAUACCCUGAACUCUCGGUUGAUUAACCCAAACAAAUAAGUAUAUUCACGGUUAACACACAAGACUUUCUCAACAGAGCGACGAAUCGACGAGUCACCAUGGAAACCGACGCUAUGAAAAAGCGCACCAUAGUGCUGCUUCUUCAUUUGAUCAGUGGUCAUUUACAUAUUUGAUGGCCAAUGCAAUCAUU